AUGAAGCUCCUCUACCCCACAUCCAUCAAGCUCGAUCUCGAGACUCCUCUGCGGCCGCAGCACCCGGACAUCGUCCUCGUCGCCUACGACCCCGCCCUCCCCGUCCCCGACGCGCACCUUGACGCCGCCGUCCUCGUCGCCUGGGCCAACAGCGCCGCCAACCUCGCCCACGCCGCCGCCCACAUGCCCGCGCUGCGCUGGAUCCAGUCGCUCGCCGCGGGCCCCAACGACGUGCUCGCCGCCGGCUUUGACCGCGCCCGCGUCGCCGUCACGUCCGGCUCCGGCCUGCACAACGUGCCCGUCGCCGAGCACGCCCUCGGCCUGCUGCUCAACGCCGCCCGCCGCUUCUACGAGAUGCGCGACUACCAGGCCCAGAAGACGUGGGCCGGCCACCUCCGCGGCGACCCGACCCGCCCCGGCUACAUGUUCUCGACGCUGCGCAACGCCAACAUCACCAUCUGGGGCUACGGCAACAUCGCCAAGACGCUCGCGCCGCACCUGCAGGCGCUCGGCGCCACCGUCCGCGGCGUCGCCCGCACACCCGGCGUGAGGGACGGCGUCGAGGUCUUUUCUGAGGACAAGCUGCCGGAGCUGCUGCGCACGACGGACGCGCUCGUCAUGAUCCUGCCCGGGUCCGACGCCACCCGCCACGCGCUCAACGCUGAGCGGCUCGGCUACCUGCGCGAGCACGCCUGGGUCGUCAACGUAGGCCGUGGCAGCUCCCUCGACGAGGCCGCCCUCGUCGACGCGCUCGAGAAGCACCAGAUUGGCGGCGCUGCUCUCGAUGUCUUUGAGGAGGAGCCCCUGCCGGCUUCCAGCAAGCUCUGGGAUGCGCCCAACCUGAUCCUGUCGCCCCACGCUGCUGGCAACAGGCCGUUGGGCUCCGAGGCCCUGAUUGCCGAGAACCUGAAGCUCUUCCUCGAGGGCAAGACGCUGACCAAUGCGAUGCCAUGA